CCGCUUACCGGCGGGCUGUAGUUGCGUUGUCCCAAACAGCACGCGCAAACGGUUGCCGUUUUCAGCACGGGACAGAUCCCGCAACCCACUCACUGCAAUAUGGCGACAGAGUUCCACAACCUUCAGGAGCUCCGGCACAGUCCAUCGCUGGUCACCAAGGUGUUUAUACAGAGAGACUACAGUGAAGGAACUGUGUGCCGAUUCCAGGCCAAGUUUCCCUCAGAGCUUGACAACAGGAUUGAACGAACUUUACUUGAGGAGACAGUGAAGACCCUUAACUCUUAUUAUGCUGAGGCUGAAAAAAUUGGAGGUCAGUCGUACCUGGAAGGAUGUCUGGCUUGUGCAACAGCUUAUAUCAUCUUCCUCUGCAUGGAAACGCGAUAUGAAAAGGUGCUGAGGAAGAUAUCAGGUUUCAUCCAGGAGCAGAAUGAGAAGAUCUACGCUCCUCGAGGUCUGCUGCUCACAGACCCCAUAGAGAGAGGAAUGAGGGUUCUUGAGAUCAGCGUGUUUGAAGACCGGGGCUCGGGCGGCUCCAGUCCCAGCAGCACCAUGUCGUCGGGCAGCAGCGCUCGGUGACUGGAGGGGCAGCACCAGGCUUACGGAUACCACCACAGGGGCAGCGGCACACUUACCAACAUCCGCAUGCUGAAACAUGAGAGCACCAGGUUCUAGGACGAGUGGAAAGAAAAAGGCGAGGAGGUGAUUCACAACAUUCAUGCUCUCUCUGCUGGGGCCGACAAUGUAUCACCUCCAGAAGAAGAGCUGGCUUAAAAACACACCCUGGAUACAAAACAGAAUAAACACAAGUGCAACAGAACCCACACAUACUCUAAUCGUUAGACACAGCAACCAGUGUUUCUGUGAAGAAAUAUCCUACACUCUCCAAGAGCUAUCAAACUAAAAUACUCAUUGAUUGUUUUUGCUCUAAUUUUUUUCCAUUCACAUUUUCUCUCAUUCCAUCACAUCUGCUACUAUGAGUCACACCAUCUCUGCAUUGUAGCUGAUUCUCCAGACUUUCACUUCCUUAGACUAAAUUUCAGUGCGGGACUUUUUCAAGGAGAGGUCACUUUGCCUGUCUGUUUACGCACUGACAUUGCAAUCUUAGGUUUUAUGCAACAUCUCUGAAAUCUGAAAGGAAGGAAACGGCCACCUUACUGGGAGACUCGUAGCUGUCUGUUCUUGCUAAAUGACUGCAUUCAUCUCAGGUGGUUUAGGUCAAGCUGCUUUGAAUCCUGGCAAAUUAGGCCAGCUGUGGGACUGCUUGGUUCUCUGCUCCGUUCACAUACACUUGUCUUCAAUAUCAAAAGGCUAACAGAGAGCACCUUAAAUUAUUUAUUCUUCUCAUUCACGACAGUGGAUACAAGUGAUCCACAUCACAGCUGUAGGUCACGCUCAAACACACUCUGUUUCUCACUUUCUUUUUCUCGCUUCCUGCAUAUUCACAUACUUGCACAUAGAAAUGCACACAGCCAUGUCAUUUACUGCACUCGAAAAAACACAUAUCAGCGAGGGGGAGUGCACACGUGCAUAUACACAAAUACACACCUGUAGAUUGUGGCCAGGCAUCCCUGCAUGCAAGCAGAUUCUGGUAGACUUGGAGUUGGAGUCGACCUACGCCUCAGCUCAUUUAGAAAACAAGCAAACCUCAGGCCCUUGAAGGCUGUGCCAUCUAUUCCAGCUUAGCAGAGAUCAUUAAGAAAAUAUCAAACAUCAAGGAGCAGUCAGUACCUUCAAGAAGCCACAGAGUCAGUCUGACAUGUUUGGUUCAGAAGAAGAAGAAAUCGAAAGACAUCGGUCUUUUAUCUCUACACCUAUUCCACGCAUGAAACAGCGUGGAUGUUAUUGGCAAAUGCAUAUUUAUAUGUGAGUAUAGAUGUGUGCAAGAGGGCCAGCCACACAAAGUUCAAUACCUAAACCCACACAAAAGCAAGGAUUUAACUGUCUAUUGACUUUAACUGAUAUAUACCGCAAUAUGUUGAUGCAGAAUAAAGAAUCUUUCAUUUUGUAAGAUAAAGAAUAAGUUGUAGAUCCUUUUAGAUGAAAAAAAAAACAUUAUGUUUGAUCACAAAAUAUCCAUCUAUCAUCUAUCACAUAUAUCUAACUACUUAUUCACAAUAUCACACUACAGUACAAUACAAUACAGUACAGUACAUAAAAACUAUUUCUCCUUUGGGAAAUGAAACACUGUAUGACUAAUAUGUAUGUGUGUGUAUAUGUGGAGGCUGUUAAGAUUAUAUGAUGCAGCGAGCGUGCUGAUUACCAACAGACAGCAACAAUGCCCACACAUCUUCCAACAAAAGACAAGGCCUUUCAGAAAAGUUUGUCUUGACCAUGGUUCAUUUUCAUUUUUUAUUUCUUGUUACCAUAGUGUUGGUCUUCAUCUUUUACCGUCUUCAGUCUUUUUCUUUAUAAACACAUACAUGUCUCUUAAUAAACCAUGAGAGUGUAGGUUUUGAUUAUUCUUUAACACAGUGGGCUAGAAGCAAACUGCUCUGCAGAGAGCCCUUGCAUGAAAAUAGCCUUGUGCACUUUUACCAGAGCCAUGUCGAGUUAAACUACUCACUGGACAGUCAUUGCAGAAACGAUUACAUGUUGGCUUCAUUCCAGUAAGUAGUUUAAUUUCAACAUAACAUUUUAUUAACUAGUUGAUUGAGAUUUUUACCACAGCAGUUGAGUUCAGUUGUGCUUGUGUUAAGCCUCCUGUGCUUUUUGAUGCCUUCAUGUUUCAUCCCGGUGGAAUGGAUAUCCAGCCUGGGGCUGAUGGACUGACCGACUUUAAAAUGACUCAGCACUGCCAAUAAGCAGAUAAAGGAGCUCAUUAGACAAUGUAUAAAGAAAAAAAAGAGCGUGCAACAGAGUGUAAAUGAACUGUACAGGAGAUGAAUUGUAGUGUACAUGCUUGUCAAUGUUUACCCACACAAACAAGUGGAUGGGGAUUGCCAUGAAGCCGUUUUCUUCCCCCCCAAAAUCACUGAUGUCCAGUAUCAAUACAUGUUUUCACAAUCUGUCUACAUCUGGGUAUGAAGUGGACGAUCAUAUUGUCUGUACAGCAUGAGCUGCUGUAUAGUAUCAUAUGUAACAAGUCUUAACAAUGUAGCUUAUGAUAUUGUUGGUAAUUAUAACAAUAUUGUCACUUUGUGUAGGAGGUAUAGAAAAGGGUGGUGUUAAAGAUCCUCAGGGGAAAUGUGCAAAAUACAUAGGCUAAGGUUCUUGGAGAAAUAUUGUUGAUGUGUGGGAUUACAGACUAGUGAUGGGCGUAAUGACUCUUUUUUAGGGGAAUACAAUUUGUCAGUUCACAGAAAGGUAGCCUGACAAAGGGUCCAUUCACCCUCUGAUUCCCAGUUCUGUCAUUCUGUUUGCUGUUUCUCAACUCCCAGUAGAACUUCAGUGCCAUAUGCUCUCAUUUAGUCUUUGGCAGUGCAUUCAUGUGAAAAAGAAAGUACACACUCUUUCACAUGUCAGGAUAUAAUGGAAAGUUUUAUCUUUAGCAGGUCUUAAAAUAAACAAAAUACAACCUCAGAUCAACAGAAAUACAUGAGAUACUUUGCAGUGUUAUCGUUUAUUAACAGAAACGAAUCCUUAAUGCAGACUGUGUAAAAAACACACUGCUUGCAUAGAAUUUAGAGAAUUCAGAUCCAGGCGCUGCUAAUCAAAUGUACAUGAUUAAUGGAUCAUCAGUGAGUGUGAGCAGCAGAUGCUUUGGUAAUUUGAUGGUCUGAAGCAUUCAGGUAUGUGUUAAUGCAAUGCCAAGAAGGAAAGACAUCAGCAAUGAUCUUAAAGAAGUAAUUGCUGCUGCCAAUCAAUGUGGGAAGCAUUAUAAGGCCAUUAUCAAACUAUUUCAAGUCCACCACACUACUAGAUUUUUCACAAGCAGAAAGCAUUAAAGACUGCGUCCAGUCUUUUCAGGAUUGGAGAUCCCAGCAAAUCUACUCCAAACUCAGAGAAACUACAGAAAACCAAAGAGUUACACCGUGGACACUACAGCCAUCAGUUAGCAGGUUAUAUGUUAAAGUUCAGGAGAGCAAAAUUAGACAAAGGCUGAACAAAUAUGACUUAUUUAGAAAGGUUUCCAAGAGAAACACUCUUCUCUCUAAAAUUAAUUUGCAUGGCUUAGGCUUGCAAAGCUGGAUCUGAACAAAGACUUCCGGAACAAUGUCCUUUGGAUACAUGACACCAAAGAGGAACACUUCAUGCUAAUACAGUGGAGGAGCUUGUAGCUCCUUGCAUGAGCUUGACAAUGAACUCUUCUGUAUAUCAAAAAUAUUUUAGAUUCAAAUGUUGGACAGGCUGUCUGGUGGACAUCUAAAGCUUGUUCAAAUCUGAUUCCCACUACAGCUCGUUGCAACAGAAUGGCUGAAAAAGAAAAGAAUGCAGGUGUUGCAAUGAUUCAGUCCAAGUCUAGACUUUAACCCAAUUGACAUUAUUAAGAGAGCUCAUCUCAGUCAAAUGAAGCAAUGUGAAAGCAAUGUGUUUAAAUAAAAAAAAGUCACAGUGUAAUAUGUCAUGUGUUGUUGUGAGGUUGUAUUUAUAUAAUUUUAAAACCUGGUAAGGAACAGAUGUUUUUUUUUUAAUUUUAUCAUAAUAUGUAAAACAUAGGAAUCAGCACAAAUAGCUUGGAGAUGCUGGUUUAUAGCUUUACUGAUCCUCCAGCAGUUGGUCCACUGUCACAAUAUGACUUUGAAUGAACAGCUUCAAGAAAUGUCAGAUUUCCAUCAAGUAACAUGUUCCCCGCAAGAUGAAUCGUAAUAACUUUGUGAUAAAUGAACUUUUUAUUUAGCACCAUCAUCGGGUUUCAAUUUGUUCAUGAGAAAACACUAACAGAAAUCCCAUCAACAUCAUCUCUUCUUUGAGAUUAGUGUAAAUUACUAGAUGUUACUAUGGUAAGAAUUUUACCUACUAAAAAUUAAGCGCUGCCAUUGUGGGAAUGUUACCAUGCUAACAAUUAGUUUAACCAAUUAAGUGCUGCUAAGCACAGCCCCACAAAGCAGCUAGCAUGGAUGUAGGCUUUUGGUUUUGUUUUAAGUGUGUCAGCAUGUGGGUAUGUGUGUUGGUGUAGACUGAUCAAAAGUAUUGCAUUUAUUUUCAAGAAGAAGCACUGUGUGCUAUUUUAUACUUAAUGUAGCUUGUCCUUUCAGGAAUGACUGAUUCAUGAAGACUGGCAGGGGAGUAAAGAUUAUGAUAAAGCAUUAAAUAUAUUAUUGUAAAAAGAUGUCCAUUGAGAUACAAAUAAAUGAUCACAGGCGAGAGUAGCCUUCACUUUGGAUACUUGAGCCUCAGUCAAGCUACUUAUCAAGAUAACCUCAGAAAAACAGCCAUCUAAUGAUGUACAGUUCAUUUCAGUAUGUAAAUUCUACCAUGAUAUGUAUUUAUCUUGUACUGUAUGUGGGACUGCAGCUAGUUCAUUUAGAUACACGGGCUCAUCGGCAAGAAGUAACAUAUGUGUAUUAUGCUGUUACAAGUGAGAGAUUACUCAAUAGUGCAAUAUGAUGUCUUCCUAAAAAUAUAAAAGACAAUAAUGAUGUGUAGAGUCUGGCACCAGCAUCUUUGACUUGCUUUGAGUUGAGUUGUUUUGCUUCAGGGCGAAUAAAACCGCAUUGAUGUUUAAUACUGCAUGAUGUGUGUGUAAACAAAGCGAGACGACAAGAAGUGAAGUCCCUGAUCCACAAAGUCUCCAGCGGUGCUGCUGCGAAAGAGGAAUUUAUAUCUUAUCUUGAUGCUAAUUGUGUGUUUACAUUAGCUUAUUUACAUACUAAUUAAAAUGGAUUUAUGUACUUUUUACAUGUAUAUUUUUUUUCCAAAGCUGAUUAUUAUUCAAAGCCUGCUGAGUGAAGUUUUAACUGUCUCCAAGAGAUGAAUAAAAUAUCUGAUGAAGCUGA